AUGGCUUCAAACUUGUGGUCAGAGGAUCGGUUUAGCUGUCCAGUGUGUCUGGAGCUAUUGAAGGACCCAGUCGCUAUUCCAUGUGGACACAGUUACUGUAUGGGGUGUAUUAAGAACUGCUGGGAUCAGACUGAUCAUACAGGUGUCUACAGCUGCCCCCAGUGCAGAGAGACCUUUACCCCAAGGCCUGUUCUAGGCAGAAACACCAUGCUGGCCGAAGUUGUGGAGGAAUUAAAGAAGACAGGACUCAAUCCUCCUCCUGCUCAACGUUAUGCUGGACCUGGAGAUGUGCCGUGUGAUUUCUGCACUGGGAGAAAGUUCAAAGCUGUGAAAUCCUGUUUGACGUGCCUGGCCUCUUACUGUGAAACACACGUCAAGCCACACUAUGAGGGGGCUGCUUUCAAGAGGCACAAGCUGAUCAAUGCAACUGGAAAUCUGGAGCAGAAGCUUUGUGCUGAACACCAAAAGGUUUUGGAGGUCUUCUGUAGAACCGAUCAGACGUGUAUUUGCUUGUUGUGUACACAGGAUGAACACAAGACUCAUGAUACAGUCUCAGCUGAGACAGAAAGGACUGGGAAACAGGUAAGGGUUUGAACCAUUUCCUUGUAGCUAUCCUAGAAGAUAAGAAUUCCCAGGGAUAUUUAACAUGUCUGUUUACUAGGUUAUACAGUUUCACAUUAGAUCAGAUUUGAAUUGUAUAUUAAGAGCUAUUUAAAGAGCCCUAGUUUUUUAAUUGCUCUCUCUAAACUAUGAUGUAUUACAAUGUAUUUCAGGGUGUAACAGGGGCGUUGUUAUGGGUGUGGCUAUCGCUGAUUGACAGGAGAGACACAGGUGGUUUUCUUUGAUAGAAAAACACAAAACAUUCAAAACAAAACACUGCUCGAAAACAACUAGAAAAUAGAAGUUUACCAAACAAGAAAGGAGUUCCCGCUCCAGGAGCAGCCCCCGACACCUCCUCUCUAGACUUGGGAGGGAUUAAAAUCCCCUAAACUUGUUCCCUAUUCCUUCCAGUGCUAGCGAGCCUGGUUAACUCACACAGUGAUCCGAGAUACAUUUUCCUCUUGUGUUUUUCUCCCCCUGGUUAACACACGCAGUCGUGAGGAUCCUACAGCAACACUCUCCUUCCCAGACAGUCUGUAUCCCUGCUUGAACCAAGAAACUGGCUUUUCAGCCC